UUUUAAAUUGUCACGACGUUCUUACAGCUCUAAACAGUAUAUAUGUUUAUAUAUAUUUUAAUUUCUACAUAAGAUAUUUUACUAUUUCUCUCGAAACAAAGGCGUUCAAUAAUAAUUUUUUUUGUCUGGGAAAAGAAAUGUCUCAGAAAGAAAUUAAGGAGGCUUUUGUCAGCAAUCUGAAUGGGACAACCCUGGGAGAGAUCUCGCUGGGUUCAGCCCUGGCGCCGCUGUGUUUGCUCAGCAGGGGGCUGGGGCUCAUCUUGUAUUUUCUUGGCAAAGGCGUUUUUCCCUUUCCCUGGAAGGUCCAUCUUCUUCUGGACUUCACCGUGGUGGUGCUGCCUCUCAUCCUGUCCUGCACGGUGCUGAGUGACGCAUUGCAUGUGGUGAUCGUGAGUCUGGCUGCCUUCGAUGCCAGCAUGCUGUUCCGGGUGUACCACAGGAGGAAGCACAGUCCUGCUGUGCCCUUCAGGAGGACAUUCAAGGACUUUCUGGGGAGCUCCUUGGAGACGGACCGCGUCCCCUUCGUUACAGUGUUCCGAGUGCUCGUCAACGUGAAGACCGCCAUCAGCAUCCUCGCGGUGGACUUUGCGAUAUUUCCCAGGCGCUACGCGAAAAGCGAAACCUACGGAACGGGAGUCAUGGAUUUUGGUGUGGGAGCCUUCAUCCUGGCUAAUUCUCUCGUCUGUCCCGAGGCAAGGAGGAAGCAGCCCCCACCGUCCAAGUUCGCCCAUUUGACUAAGCAGCUGCUGUCGGUUUGGCCCCUGGUCGCCCUGGGCCUGGCGCGGCUGUUGAGCGUCAAAGCCACGGGCUACCAUGAGCACGUUUCAGAGUACGGGGUGCACUGGAAUUUCUUUUUCACUCUGGCCAUCGUGAGGGCGGUGGCCUCCUUGCUUCUGUCCGUCUUCCCGGUCAACAGGUCGUGGCUUCUGGCUGUAAUCAUUGGUGGGUCCUACCAGGCGGCUCUUGAGUUGACGGACCUCAAAUCCUUCAUCUUGAAUGGCAGCGACAGAACAGGUGGAUUUGUGAGUGCGAACAGAGAGGGCGUGUUCUCUGUCAUCGGAUAUGUAGCCAUCUACAUGGCUGGGGUUCAGGUGGGACUUCAUGUGAUGGAGAGCAGGAUGGUGGUGAAGGACUGGAUCAAGGCAAUAGCCCGUCUCCUCCUGGGAAGUUUUGCGUUGUGGGCUGUCCUGUUCGUUUGCCAGAUGUUUGUGGAACCAGUGUCCCGCAGGAUGGCAAACCUUUCAUUCGGCAUCUGGACAGUGGCCCAGUCCCUCUAUUUUCUCUGCUGUUUAUCUGCUGCGGAUCUUGUUUUGGCUUUUGCCAAAUUUCUGUCCAACUGCCGUUCUGUGUCAUCCUCUUGGAGUCCUUCUCAAGCCCCUCAGACACAAAACAGUGACUCCAAAUCCAGCUCGGUAGACAGAAAAAUCAGGGAGGACAUAGAGGGGCUUUGUCUCAUUCAAGCGGUCAACAGAAACCAGUUGUUAUUCUUCAUGUUGUCAAACAUCAUGACAGGUUUGACAAAUGUGAUGGUUGAUACUAUUCAUAGCAGCAGUGUGUUUUCAGUAUUUGUCCUGGUUUUCUAUAUGUUUGCAAACUCUUUUAUUGUCUAUGUUUUACAUCUCCAGAGAAUUACAGUGAAGUUCUGGUAGCCAUUUCCAUUAAUGAGAUAACCUAGUUGGUUUUAGGUGCUUGGAAAUAUUACUCCUAUCUAAAGAACAGGGGUUUGUGUAGCCCUGUUUCUACAAUAUUGAUAUUAAGUGCUGCUUAAAGGGAUUUCUGCGUAAGUCUUGAGUUUUAUGAUAUUGACUCUUUGAAUCGCAGACGUUUUAGCAUGAGUCGUUAUUUGAAAUUAGCAUGAUCUCAAAAACCCUGAUUGCCUGGUGCAGGUAUUAUUUAUUUUUUUUAACUGAGAGAGUGCAAUAUUUGUUUUAAACAAUGUGGAUCAAAAUGUUAAGGCCAAAUGCAUGGAUAUGAAAUAUGGGAAUCUGUGUAAUUUAGAACAAACUCAUACUUAGUUCCUCAGAUGUUAUUCCACUCAGGCUGUGUUACAUAGUUGAUGUAAUUAAUUAUAACAAUGAUAAAUUACAACCAUGUUAUUAUAUUCUUGAAUUCAGAAUUUAAAUCAAGAAUUUAUUUAGAUAUAGUUAUAUACAGUAUAAUAUAAUUGUCUGCUUCACUUGUUUAAAGACGUCCCAUGUCAACCCAAAGAAACAUUAGCUUUGUAACUGAAAGCUGUACAGGUUUAUACUUUGUCCUGCAUAUGCAAUGUAAUGGGUUCAUUUUUACAGAAAACUUUAGAUGUUUUGCUGAAUGUAUUAUUGAUUUAUUCUGUGUAUAUGCCUAAUUUAGGUUGUGUAAUUAUUUUCAUUGCAGGGAGAUUGUAGAUUAAAGAAUUAAAAUCCUUUUAAGUUGGCAGUUUUUAAAAUGUUCAGUUAAUUUUCAUUUGAACAGUCUGAUGUCUAAGCAACAAGAAUAUAUGAAUUUGUAAACAGCUUUUGUGAUUCCUUAGCAUGACACUUUAGAUUUGAAUUAUUUCUUAGAAUGUUUCUUGUAUCUUUUAAUAAGUUAGAGUCCUAAGAAUAAAACCCAAACAGUAAAUGACUGAAACUAUGAGUGACAUCUUCCUUGAAUUACAACUCCAAGGCAUAUUUUUAAGUACAAACAAGUGACAAAAGUUCAAAGCUGAAGUAAUUCACGAAAGAACGUCUCAGAAUGGGCUAGUUGAAAGGGAUAUUACAUUUCCUUCAAGGCUUCUAAAAGUUUUUUAAAAUAU